AUGAUUUUAAAACUAAUUGAGUAUGGAGGCAAGAUUCCCAAUGUUGAGGUCAAAGAUAUGAACGGUGUACGUGUAAUUUUCUCAGAAGCCUUUUGCCUCGGCUGUGGAAACAAUGGAACCCGUGUCUAUCUUGGACUGGGAAAGGAUGGCUACGGUAAAGCAGUGAAACGAAUACUUCGUGAUGAAGGCAUCAAUCUUGCACAUAAAGAAAAUAAAAUUUUGAAUGAAUUAAGAGCAAAGGAAUCGAAGUUUGUUGUCAAUUAUCACUACUUAGAAGAAGACAAUGGAACAGAAUAUGUCUAUUUAAUACUAGACCUAUGUGAAGAAUCGCUGGAAGAUUUUGUGCAAUCAGAAUCAAAUAGUUUGGCUUAUCUUCAAAAAUCUCUUCCCGAAAUUCUCAGACACAUUUUAAAAGGAUUAUCUGAUCUUCAUAGUGGCAAAAAUCCUAUUCUCCAUCGCGAUUUAAAGCCUUUUAAUGUAUUCCGAGAUGCACAAGGAAAAUUUCUGAUAGCUGACUUUGGUAUUAGUCGAAUAUUGAAAGAUGGAAGUAAGACAAGAGUAAGUAAUGCUAAAAAGGGAACUCCGCAUUGGAUUGCUCCUGAAUCAUUUUGUACAGAUAAAAAUCAGAAUGGAAAAGGACGUUACAAAACAGAGUCGGAUGUAAUGACUGCAGGAAUGGUAGCUUUUUAUGUUGCCACAAAAGGAGACCAUCCUUUUAAAAGCGAAGAGAAUAUAUUGAAAGGAAACCCAGUUUGCUUGGACGAAAUCAAGGAUGCCACGUUCAAAGACCUUUUAUCGUGGAUGCUAUACCUGAAGACAGGCCAUCUGCCAACGAAGAGUUAAAACACCCUUAUCUACAAACCGAUGAAGAGAAUUUUGAUUUGCUGUGUGACGUUGGGAAUCAACCAGAAAUAAAGACAUCGUCUCCACAUUCUCUUCCCUCAAAUCUUCGUGAGCAGUUGAAUCUUUCAAUAGAUUGGAUGGACCGUAUCGAUCCUGAAGUCUUUAAACAUUUCAAUAAACUUUCCUACGACUCUACAUGGUUAGGUUGCCUAAGAUUUUUAAGAAACGUUCGCCAG